ACCUAAAGUGGUAAUACGGUCUUGUUGUUAAGAUCAAUGGCACGUAACUACCAGACUACGUGAAAGCGAGAGAUCCCCAUCAUGUUCAGCAGAUUGAAUCAGUUCAUCUCUCGGCUUGGCGAAGAGCCGAAGGAGCAAAGCCCGGGAACAGGGACUGCGUCAGGAUUCCAGGUGUUGCGAAACAAGAAAGCUGAGCUGCCUCUGGAGCCGUGGUUCGACUUCAUAAUCGGGCUUAACGGCCGGAAUAUUGAAAACCCGGAUCCAAAUCUGUUCAUCACAGAGAUACGCAACUGCGCGGGCUCCAGCGUAAGCCUAGGCGUCUGGAGUGCAAAGGGCCAACGUAUUCGAGAAAUAUACGUAAGUGUUCCUCAUGAAAAUCCGCUGCUCGGGGUGAGCCUUCAGUGGAUGCCGAUGUCAGUCACGGAAGAUGUGUGGCAUGUUCUUGAGGUCGCACCAAACUCGCCUGCAGAUCUAGCUGGCCUCCUGCCUUAUGGAGAUUACGUGAUCGGGAGUCCGGACAUGAUCAUUCACGGCGAAAGUGGACUUGGCCAGUGGGUAGAAGAGAACUUGGACAGGCCGAUCAAUCUGCUCGUUUAUAACCACGAAUACGACGUCACUCGGCCCAUUGAGAUCAUUCCAUCUCACAGCUGGGGCGGUCAAGGUGCUUUAGGUUGCACCUUGGGAUAUGGUGCACUUCAUCGCCUCCCAGCAUCUCUGGAGGAGCCUCCGUCGGCUCCUGGGGAAACCAUGUUUGCCGCUUCGAACAGCUUCGACGAGAAACGAGGAAUGUCCAUUGGGGAGAAUGUGCAGCCUGAUGUUUCAUCCCCAGCAGAUCUUCUGAUCCCAGCCAACUUGGCACUUCCUGGAGCACCGCCAAAAGCUAGUUCGCCUGGACCGCAGCCUGGCACGACCAAACGCAAACCCAGAGCGCACCACGCAGCUGCUGCCGUAAGUGGUCUUGAUGAUUACCUUCAGGAGCAAGAAAAGCAAUCCCGCGAAGUUGACUAUCCGACGUCUUCGCCCAAACCUAGUGGCGCAGUUGCGCCUCCUCCAAAGGCUGGUCCUCCAUCAAAGACAACCAAUUCCACGUCAUCGCCAUCUGCGGCCUCAUAGCAGACUCGAAGAAGCUGCUUGAUUGGGUAGAAGCUCAAGACAGAGAGUUGGAGAGCUAACGCACUCUUCGAGCCGUCAGGGUUGAUUUUCCUGCCUCGUGUAUUCUACGACGAGGUGGUGCCAUAGCGCCUCUGGUCUCACCGGGGAAUUCUGCAAUCUUGCUGCACGUCACUGCUUGAUCUUAUCAGCGAUGGAUUGUCUGCCCAUGGUCACAAGGCUCUUGAUCUGCUCAACAUAUGGCUUCCGAAUCCCCGGAAAACCUUGCGCGGACUGGUUAAGAAAGAACGAAAUCAAAGAUGGAUAUUCCGGCCAUAUUAUUAUGCACAUGGCAUUAUCUAGUGGUAUGCCUUCUUCUGUACACCACGAAACGAAUGAACCGGAAAUGUGCCCUAGAUAGUCUUCAAACACUAUCGUUUGCAUUGCAUGUUGCAAAGUGUGCUCGAAGUUCAUUUCAUUUCUCCAAUGAUUCCAAAUCUCGACACAUUGUCUUUAUCAAAACUCGCGGUCGUGUCAGUCUGAAUUUCUACUGCUUUUCCCAUUCUCCGAUUUGAUGCUCUGCUGCCUUGGUCUCUCGUACAACCUAAGUAGACUUUGGCUAUCAGGUCUUUUCAGUUAUGACGAAUGGUUCUUGCGUUGGGGUUUACGCUGAU